UGUAACUCCAUCUCAAAAAGUCUUUUAAGAUUUUCAGCUUCGGAACUGUGCUAUUGCUUCUAUACGUGGUUAUUAGUAUAAACAACUUGCCUUGCUAUCUUCUAUUCAUUUGCAAUCUCAUUUCUUUUGACAAAUUCUUGACGAUCCCAGGGGCCAUCAUUCGCUCUUAUGGAAGAAUGUUUUAACCGACUUCUUUGACUAGCCGAUAUGCUUACAGAGAUGGCUAGUACCAGCUUGCCAGCCUACAAGGAAAACUUUCUCAGGGUGGAGGAAGGAAAAAGGCGGGAAGCAGAGGAGGAAUGGGUUCAUGGAAGAGGACAAACACUACAAACUACAUUUAUAGUGUUUAGUAAACCUCAGAAGAAAAGCCCAGAUCGAAAAGAACAGCCUAGAAAUAACACGAGGACCAAGUUCGAGUUUGUACUGGACAAGGACCAGCCUGGCAUUCGCAGUCAUGCAAUGCGACAGUUUUGGAGGCGGAAACAAGCCAUCGCUAAAGAAGACUCAAGCGAUGCACCUUCUACCGACCAUACUCGAUACUCCCGCCCCCUAAUACCCAAUGACGUUGUCCACGCUUCCAGCCAAUUCGAGGAGCUUAAAGCACUCCAGCGGCAAAUGUCCUCCCUCCAAACAAAGUACCAGGAAGCAAAGCCAGUAAACUCUGGCAAAGACAGUAAACUAGAGUCGUCGGGUAUCCCAGCUCAAAUAUUGUCCGAAAUCCUCCAUCCUCUGGAAUUUAUCAACUCCGAACAUUUCUAUACAUUUCCGGUGACCUUGACAAAGCAGCACCGCAAGUUGCUGUACUACUGGUUGAGUACUCACGCCAGUGGGAUGUCGAACGCCUUUCCCUGUGUGACCUUCGAUCCCAUCUGGGAGGUUUGGCUACCGUUGAACCUGUCAAACAGUGCCUCCUUGAAUGCAAUCAUGGCGCACGCAGCAGCUCACUUGGCGUACCUCCACGGGGAACUCGACUGCCCUGUAGCCUUAAGAUACAAAACCGAGGCCAUCAGUACCAUUACAGAAUGGCUCGAUAACCCCGAACAAGCGCUGCAAAUUGAGACUCUCACUUCCGUAGUACAGCUCUUGAUGUUUGAGGUACGUGCCCCGGCUGAGUAUGACAAUGUCUAUCUAUUAUAUGGUUCAAAGCGUAAGGCAUCGUUUUCUUUAUGAUUCUGUUGACCAUUGAGGCUGUAUGCAGAAAUACUGGGGAAAAGAAGGCCAGUUGGAAGUGCAUCGAGGUGGACUCCAACGUCUGGUCAAUGAAAAAGGCGGUCUUUUUGCAUUGCA